CAAAUAACAAGUUUCCAUGUUUCCUCUUUCUUCUUUUCGUAGUUUCUUAUCAUGUAAGUCGGUCUCUAUAUAGUGAAAUAUUCAUUCGUCACUGAUUUAAAGCAGAGUGAACAGUGACCAGUCUUCUUAUUUACAGUCCCAAUUAAUUCUUUGAUUUUAAGCAUUGAAGCAAUUGAUUUACUUAUCAAUAGAUCUUCGAUUUGCAAAGCUUUAAUUUUCUUGGCCUCUUCGGAUGAAAUUUAUUUCUUUUAGAAUAUUGUAAUGCAUAAAACAGCCUGAGCAGCAGAAUGUUUCGGCAGAGAUCCUCAGAAGGCAGUCCGGUGGCUCCUGAUGGCAGAGAUGAAAGUGAAACAUCCAAGUCAAGGACUUCUGUAACUCGUUCCAUAAGUAGUAACAAUGCAAGUGCUAUGAAUAUUGAUUCUACCAAGAAUGAACCCGAUGUCAAAGAAAAACUGAGCAAUCUUGGAAAUGUAAAUUUAGCUUUACUAACGAAACACCUUUUUUCAAAAGAAGAUCUGAAAGAGGAUGAUAUGCCCUGGACCUGGGAUGCUAUUUUUACCGAAGUUUCCUCAGAAUUGCGAUCACAGUGGGAGAAGUCAAAACAGGACGGAACACCCUAAUUCUUGCAACAAACUGUGAGCAUCUAACUUCCCAUUUUAAUGUUUUAAUUAUUUAUUGAUUGUUCUCCUACAAUUUGUAUUUUCUUUCAUUCUUCCGGUCACAGUCUAGAUCUCUCCAUGUUUCUGAGCUGUUUGUGAAAAAUUCCUGUGACAACUAGGUAGCCCUUCCUUUUUCCUGCUCGAAUACUUAGGUAUGAUUGCUGAAUCUCUUCAAUUUUUUUUUAAUAAGUGGGGCCAUUAUGGUGAAAGCUACUUUCUUAAUAAAAAAAUUCAACCCUGGUUUU